CAUCCGGCAGAAGCAGGCGGAGCACAGGGAGACGCAGAGGAUUCGGCCGGGUGACCGCGGCCAGACCCCGCCGAGAAAGCUCCUGAAAGGAGCAACUGGGAGGAGAAGCAGUGAGGAGAGACCCACCGCUGGGGCGCAGUCCCGCACUCAGGGCCCGAGGGCUGCAGUUCUUCCAGUAAACCAAGAGCUCCUGGAGGGCAGGGGUCGUCUGACCGCCUCUGUGCCCUGCCCCAGCCCCAGACUGAACUGUUCACCUCACCACGCCCACUCUGUCCUCUCACCUCCAGCCAUGGCACCCCUGCUCACCCUGUUCCUGGUGGCCCUGGUGGGCCUUCCUCUGGCCCAGGCUCUGGACUGCCACGUGUGCGCCUACAACGGGGAGAACUGCUUCAACCCCAUGCGCUGCCCGGCCAUGGUCACCCACUGCAUGACCACGCGUACUUACUACACCCCGACCAGGAUGAGGGUGAGCAAGUCCUGCGUGCCCAGCUGCUUCGAGACCGUGUACGAUGGUUACUCCAAACACGCCUCUAGCACAUCGUGCUGCCAGUACGACCUGUGCAACAGCGCCGGCCUCGCCAGCCCCGGGGGCCUGGCCCCCAUCCUCCUGGCUGCCCUCUGGGGUCUGCUCUAAACCCCGCCCCCACCCAGAGGCACUCAAGGACAAAGUUCCGAGAGGCACAGCCCUACCCUUUCACCCUGCACACCCCACCCACCUUCUGCGCUCCCAGCGCCUCCCCCCCGCCACACCCAGGACGGCCUUCUAGAGGGACUCGGUGCCCAUCUUCCUGGGCCUUGCUCCCAGACCACAACCUUCCAUUCUCGAAAGGUUGAUGUGGCAUCAGCCCUCCCGAAGGCGUCUGACAAAGUGUGCUGCUAGCCGGUCCUCAGUAUGCUGAGGACCACUGAUGUGAAGGGAGACUUGGACCACAUUCCAGCAACUCUGGGAGCGAGACCCUGCCCCGGUCUGCCCAGUAAGCGUGUGGAGGCGCAGGGGAAAGUAGGGACCCAGGAUGGCUGGAGGACCGUCCUGGGAAGAAGGGCUUUCUGGGGGGCCAGGAGGGCUGCCUUUGUGCCUCUGACUGAGGCCAGGUGUGGCACCGAGGGCCGUGGGAGGAAGGCCUUUGUCCCUGUCAGCUGUCCCAGGUUGGAGUGCCAGGAAGCCCUGUGGAUCCAGGCGGCCCUUGGCUGGGGGGUUGGGGGUGAGCUCAUCCAAAAGAGGACCUCAGGCCCCCAGCCCCAGAAGCCUGGCUAGAGUUUCUUCCCUUCUUGCUCUGCCCCUCCCUGACCUUCCCCGCCUCCCCACCCUGGCCUGAGGCUGGCGGCACUUGGGGGCAGGGCAGACAGGCCGCUAUAUUUGGUGGGGCUUGAGAGCUGGCUGAUCCCAGGGCUAUUUUCAGCAGGGAGGGAAGGGAGCUAGGUGGGGCCGAGAGAGCCCGGUCUUCAGCCCUAGUGUGCCCCUUGAUGGAGGGGGCUGAGCCAGAGCGGGCACCUGAGAGACUGUGCCCACCCGAGUCAGCCGGGGCGGGAUCCUGGGAGUCCAUCCGGGACAGCGACUGGGAGAGGUGGGGUCCGGAAUGCAGACGGCCAGGCUCCCUCCAGACACGCGCCCCGGGACUUCCUCUGCAACCCCAAUCCCAACAACCACUGGCCACACUCACGUCCAGCUGGCCCCUCUCCGCUCUGACCUGCAGGCCUGGCUGAAUGAGAGCUGGCCUUGGCCCCAAAGGCUGAGCCCAUCAGCCUGAGGAUCUCCACAGGACCCUUUACCCUCUGACUCUGCCCGAGGGGAGAGAGAGAGGUCCACCCUAGGCUGAAGAGCUCCAUUGAUUCAAGGAGUGGUCUGCAGGUACCCCCAACCCAGUGGGGCAUUGGGACCCCCAAGGGCCCAAGAAUUGGCAUUGUUUAAAGGGUACCCAGCCUAGGUGAACCCCAUCCCUGGCCUGGUUUGGGAAACAAGAGUCCGCCCAGCACAGACCAUUCUGGAUGAGGGUGGCCCUGGAAACACCGGUCUUCCUUCCAACGAGACCACACUGGGCAUGCAACCUUGUGCCCCAGGUCACACAGGGCCUGAGGCCUUACCUGACCAGUGUCCCAAACUGUCUGGGCCUAAGUUGGCAGGACUGUGGCAAAUGCCUAUGUGGUGGAAUUGUUCCUGGAGCUCAGGAGCCCGUGGCCCCAAAGCGUGGUCUUCAUCAGGGGACCCUGUGCUGGACACUCUGACUUGAGAGCUUCACCCAGCACUUCCAGAGCUCAAGGGAUUGGGAGAGCCUGAGUGGGGGUUCUCAGGCAGAGCUGGUUGGACCUCCCAAAAGUUCCAGGAAGACAGGCCUCAUCCUGGGUGGGAGGGAGUUGUAUCCCCAGGAGUGUCUGGUCAAGAGCUCAGUCCCCACAGGAGACCUGGGUGUCUCCAACACCCUGAAGCCCAAUCCGGUGUGAGCCUUUCCCUGGGGGAGGCUGGGAGGAAGCCAGACCCCAGCCCUGAGCUCCCACAGGUCUAUCAGGAACCCCAGGAGCGGUCAGCCUCGGGGAAGUGACCCAGCUCCCCCACAAAGCUGGCCGGAAGGCCUGCACAGGCCUCUGGACGCGGAAGUCGGCUGGAAGAAGGGGUGGACGUGGGCCGCAGCCCUAGCCACCCUUGGCCACCUGACUCAGUGGGAGAGGCUUGGAAGCAGUUGUUGAACUGCUUGUGUAAGACCUUUGUCCUGGGUCAGCAGGUGUCCUAGGCCACAGCUGGGAGGAGCACAGGAUCAGUCCUCCCUCCACUCGGUGGAUGAUGAAGUUAGAGCCCUGCCUGGCCACCUGUGGGCUCUGCAGCCACUGAGAGCAGGGAGCCGGGCUUGCCGCAGUAUGGGGGUGCUUCUAAUACCUGCCUCCUGUCCCCAACGGUCAUCCUCCACUGUGACCUGGUCCAAGUCCAAUACCCACAACGUUGCACCCGGCCCACGAGACCAUGCCACCCACCCCACCCACAGGCCCCUGGCUGGCUGGGCUGUCCUCCGAAUCCAGCACAGAGCCCUUGGGAGGCCCUCAACUAAUAAUGGGGCCGGCCCCUAGUGGGAAGCCUGUGACAGUGGACUCCAAGGGCAGUGCCAGAGGGGAUGGCACCGAGAAGGACGGGAGCUGACCUCUGUCUUCCCUGUGCCCCGGCCGCAAGCACGCCACGACCACCCUUCGAGGUUGGAGCCAUUAUCAUGCCCCCUUUACAGGUGAGGAAGCUGAGGGACAGUGGGACGGCCUUGCCCAGCCACCACGCCCCUGCCCCGCUGUGCAGUCUUCUCCCACCAGCUGCGAGGCUGCAUCCCUGAGCCUGGGGCGGGGAAGCCGAGGAGAGGGGCUUAUAAACUGAAAACAAUCUGAGCCUGUGAAAUAAUUAUAAGAGCUUCAGAUCGGGAAAGCUCUAGAAGGAGAAGAGUGGAACCAGAGAUUUGAGAAGCCAUGAGGCCCCCAGCCAGGCAACCAGCCCUGUCUCUGUGUCCCGGGCCAUGGGCUGGGGUUGUAGAGGAGGGCACAGGGGCCAGGCCCGUGGCUCCAGGCUUCCAGCAGGCAGUGGGCAUGCCUGCUGUGGGGAUCCGUCCAACAGAGCCGAGUACCCCCUCGAUGUGAAUAGAUGCCCGGGCUCCUCAAGGCUCUCCGUGGCGCUCAAGUCUGGAAGCAGCCUGAACAUCUCUCUCUGCUGUGCCGCCUCCUGUGGGUGCCCUCGGAGACAGUGGAGGAGCUGGGGCUGCAGGCACUGACCCUGGGGGCACAGGUCAGGGUCUGCAGCCGAAGGACGCUCCCAAGCUGUGCGGGCAACCUGGUCCGUUGCGUGCACGAGGCACCAGGGAGGUGGUGGCCGGUGCGGGCAGGGGGCAGGGGGGCUGGACCAACCACCCCAUCUCCCUUUGCAGUGGCUGAUUUGUUUGUUAAACAUGUAUCUUACCUCUGAAAAGGGUACAAAGAAACUGGGACGCCUCUUUCUCUCUCCUGCCCCUACUCAGUGAGUUUUGUUGGCUCCUACAGCUCGGGGUGCCUGGAGGUCAUCACUCACAUCUCUGAGCCUCAGCUGUCUCAUUGACAAAAUGGGAAUGAGAGUGAAUGGGAACGGGAGUGAUAGUGGCCUCGGGAGGAUGGACAAGGCUGUGAGUGUACGUGCCCAGCCCAGGGCCUAGCACACAGGAGGCCUCCGAUGGACAGACAGACGGAUCGAUGGGUGGUCCCUCUUCCCUCCAUGCCACUUGCAAGGUCUGCGCACUUCCAGGGCCGUGCCCCUACUGGGAGCUAAUGCUAACCCCUAGCCCUGACCCUGACCUUGACCAGCAUGAGAAUCUGCCUUCAGGCCAGGGCUCCCUUCUUUGCUCGCACGAUGCACCUCAGAGAGGCCCCCUCAGUGUCUCGAGUGUGUGAAUAAAUGGAUGAAUAAACA